AUGCCAAGUCAACUCGACCUCUACUCACUCAUGAUAGUUUCUAAAUAUUUUAAAAAUAUUGGAGACUUUAUUCGACUCAUUCAAGUGUGUAAGAAGUUCGAAGAUAUUCCAUCAAUGUUCCAUUACAACCCAAUUUGCCUUUAUUCUCACUUUAAUUUUUUUUCGAAUGUCGAGACGUAUCACUAUUACAAGAAAAUAGACAAGUACGUUCCCAGUUAUAUUCAUUGCAUUUAUGAUUAUCAAAUGUCUUACACCGAAUACCUCAAAAAGAGGACUUCUAACUCGAAUUUUACACAUGUCACAUAUAACAUUGGCGAUUAUAUAAAAUACAAAAAAUACGACGGAGCGACACAUCUCAAAGGGAAGGCAUUUAAAGAUAUAUCUGAAGACGCAAUAAGUUUAGACUUGAGCGAUAUCAUUUCACUUGGAGAUUAUGGUUUACAGAGAAUGUCUACACUUACUUUUGUUGAACUUGGUAAUAGUAUACAAGAGCUUCCAAUCAGUUGUUUUGACGUGAAUUUAAAAAAAUUCGACAUUUCUCAUAUCAAAACCAUUGGCGAGAAGUGUUUCUAUUGUUGUGUGGAGUUGUCUGCUAUUACAUUAGGUGAAGUGUUGUCUGUAGGGUUAAGUUCUUUUUACGACACGUUUAGCAUCAAAUACGUGAAGAAUUUGGGGACUAAGAAUUUGAACACGUUGAUCAAUUAA